AUGCUCGUAUUAAGGAGACGGGGCAACUGGGUGCAAACCUUGCAGCGGACGGGCGCACAAUCGGAUGACCACGCAGCCAAAGACAGCCUCGACGACCGCGCACACAACAGGGCAGGCCACAGUAGCUCCAGGCCUCGCGCCGUGACAGCACGACGAGAACCAGGGGCUACGCAGAGGGUCGAUGACUCGGAUCAAUCAUCGAAUGAAUCAACUGAUUCAAAAAAGGAGCUCAUUCAUAAUGAGUUCACCGAGGACGACGAUAACCGUUCACGAGGAUCGAAUCAUCGAGAAAGGCGCAGGAGUGAGAGGCUAAAUUUGAUUAUGCCAACAUAUAACGGGAUAGACGUAAAUUCGUGGCUGAGCCGCGCCAAUCAUUAUUUCGAGAUCAUCAAUAUACUGAAUGCAGAAAGGGUUAAAUUCUCCGCCUACUAUCUCGAUGGAGAGGCGAACAUAUGGUGGCAGUGGUUAUCAAGGGUUUACAAGGAAAAGGACACCAGGUUUGGGUCGUCAGAUUACCAUGACUACGACGAAUCCCGAUUGCAUAUCAAAAAGUGGAAAGUUUACCUGAUCGCUAGAAGGAGUUCGAACGAACCGCGUGUCGUGUACGUGAUUGCCCAGAAGGGGCAUUAG